GACCAUUGCUUAGAAGCCCCACUAAGAAACAGUCGACACCUUCACGAUCACCGCCACCAACUCACUGGCUUCUUUUGAGUCACAAAGUUUCAAAAAGACGGACCGAAAGACUCAAGGCUCCAAAAUCCAAACACCAGAGACGUUGGGGGAUCUCGGUGGCGAUGACUACCCCAACGAACCUCGCUGAGGACCGCCACCACCAUCUUCCGUACCCUCCGCUCGACGGCCGCCGGCACCGUCAUUACAUGGGCCGGCCCAUCUCGGCCCCCUCCUCCGCCGCCUCCUUCAGGGGCUGCUGCUGUUGUCUAUUCCUCCUGCUCAUCUUCGUCGCCCUCCUCGCCGUCGCCGUCGCCCUCGUAGUCGUCCUCGUCCUCAAGCCCAAGAAGCCCCAGUUCGACCUCCAGCAGGUGGCCGUACAGUACCUCCUCGUCGCCCCCACCACCUCCUCCGCUUCACCCACCGUCUCCGCCCUUGGCGGGGCCGCAGUCCGAGGGGCACAGCCGACGGCGGCGUACCUGUCGCUCAACAUCACGCUGCUGUUCCUUGCGGACAACCCGAACAAGGUGGGGAUCCGGUACGAUGCGGCGGCGCUGGACGUGAUGUACCGUGGGGUGCCGCUGGGGGUGGCAACGGUGCCGGGGUUCGAACAGCCGGCCCAGAGCCGUCGCUUGGUCCAGACCCGCGUCGUCGUCGACCGCUUCAACGUCAUGCAGUCUGAUGCCCUCGACCUCGUCCGCGACGCCGCCCUUAACGAUCGCGUCGACCUCCGCCUCACCGGCGACGUCGCCGCCAAGAUCCUCGUCCUCGGCCUUUCCUCCCCCAGGGUUCAGGUUUCGGUGGAUUGUGCGAUCGAGAUCAGCCCUAGGAAGCAGUCGCUCACUUACAAGCGGUGUGGAGUCGACGGAUUAAAUUUCUGAACCGAAAAAAAUUUUAAGAGAAAAGUCUUAUUUUC